GUCAAAUAAAGUCUAGUUUUUUCCCACUCUUAUAAAAUUAAUUGGACAAAACAAAAGCUCCACUCAGCAAAGUUGAGUACUAAAUCCAACCUAAGCAUUAUUUUCAUAACCCCAGCUGUUAGUUAAUGCUCAGAAUGAGUAGUAAUAUCAUCAUAGAGAUGAAUUUGAAGCCUUGUUCCCAUGAAAAACCAGAAGCUGAUGAUGCUAAGAUAGAAGAAAGCGCGCGCUUUGACAAGUCCCUUAAGGAGCUUAGAGAACUAAGGGGUCAGCUACACCAUGCUGCAGAUUACAGUGAAGCUACAUUCUCAAAAAGCAAAGAGAAGAAAGAUGUGCUAGAGAGCACAAAAGAGUACAUAUGCAAGACCAUGGUUACUAUUGUUGAUCAUCUUGGAAACGUUUCUGCCAAUCUUGAAGUCCUUAUUUCUCAGACAAAUGCAUUUUCUGAGGCCGAGUUACGAAUCCAAUGCUUACAGCAAAGAUUUCUCUGGCAUGAAAAAUAUGCUCAUAAGUUAUCCCUCUCAAAGUUGCAAUGGAGUGAGAAUUUGCCACGGUUCCAUUCGCGUUAUUUAUUAUCAACACCUACAGUUGGGAGAUCAAGCAGUGAAAAAUUAUUAAGAGAUUCUGAAAACCAAUUUCCUUCAAAGUUAGGAGAUAAACAUGCACAGGAAGCAGAUGAGGAGUUGCCACUUUUUAUGUACACCCAUAAGCCACAUCCUGCUCAGAAUUUGAAGCCAACCACAGCGGUUAACCAUCAUAACAAUUUGGCAUUGGUAGUGCCUGUUCGAGACGGUUUGACAGUCUUCACAAAAGUUCCAAAUCCUAAAUUUAAUUUCCAAAGUAAGAGUACCCAGAAGGUUGGACGCCACAGCAGAUCCUUGUAUGGUAGUGACAUUUUAUGGCCCAUACGACGUUCAAAACGAAUCCAAUGAAAAAUUGGAAUGGUCUUAACUGAUUUCAAUGUCAACUUCAUCAUGGUUUAUCUUGUUUUACAAAUAUCGCUUCCUCCCGUUUUCUUCAUAUCUCGCAGUGUAGUGCUAAAUCUAUGGAUACAUGCUUCUUCUUUAUUGUUUCUGUCAAUAUGGAGACAUGCUUUCACAAUGCUACAUAUGCUACAUUUGCUUUUUGGUGGAGUAAUAAACUAUUGACUAUGAGAA